AUGGAUCAUCAUGACACCUUGCAAGCAUAUUGUCUUCAAAGAGUUACCGGUCUCAUGGCACAUCUAAAUCAUCUAAACACACCAUAUUAUUCCAAACCCAUACACCCUUCCAAUUCAGAUCAUAUGUCCAAGUCUUUCAACAAUCUCGAUUUAAAUUCUUUGGAUAGUUCGGAAACUUCACGGAACUCUUAAUUUAAUGUUAAUGAGAGUUGUUGUUGUUCUCAAUGUGGUAAAGCCAAUAAAAAAGUUAAGAGUCUUUAAAAGAAAUUUACUGUUUUUCACACCCAAAUGUCCAUUCUUAGAAACUUCAGAUUACUUAAAAGAUUCUAAAAUGCUGUCUAUUGCAUUAUCUAUUUAAUAGAUAAAUAGAAGAAAACAAAGAAAAAAGAAAAACAGAAAAAAAUGUAUAGAUUUAAAACCAAAAUCAAUUUUGAUGCUUCUCCGAUCAUACCUACAUAACAAUAACAGGUCCAAAAUGAAAAACAUGAUGACAAAUAAAAUUAUAGAAAUCAGCAUAUGCAAUCAAUUCAAGCCAAAAUUAUUGACAGCAAACAUAAACAAAGAUAAUCAAUCAGAGUUUAUCUAUAAUAGAAAUUAUAUGAAAAAGAUCAUUAAUAGAAAUUACCCAAAAUUCAUAAAAUAGCAAUCAACUCCUUUACCACAAUUUAACCAUUACGAUUUUCAAAAAAUGAUGAACAAAAAUCCUCCCGUUUUUCUUCACAAAUUAAAAUCACUCCUUAAACUGAAUUCAGUCCAACUUCCUUACACCACCAAUCUCCAUAUUUUAGUAACAUUACAUCUAGAAAUCAGGUUGAUAGUAUUAUUCAAACUUCAUUCAAAAAUUCAACCAGAACCAUCAUUAAAAGUAUUUCAUCUGAAUAACUAAUACAAAAAUAACAAAAACACCAAUUUCACUCUAGAAAAAAUACUCCAUCUACAUUAAAAGGAAUUUUUUGA